AAGACUGAAGAAGAAAGGCAUCUUCCUGGUAAAGCAAUACUGGCAGCAGGAAUUCCUUGCCACCGCGUAGCGGUCAUGACAUUCACAGAAUCUCUCCUCCCGAGAGGUUAAAGCAAAUAGAAAUAGGUGCUCAUUCUGAAACACUUGCAACCUUCUCCUCGCCCACCUUCAUCUCCAAAUACAUCCCAUGAACUCGCAUAAAUUUCUUCUGGCGGUGCUGCUGCUUUUGCUUCUCAACUAUGCAUCCUAUGCUGCCACAUCGAAGGAGGAUGACGACUUCCUCAAAACUUGCCCAUCGCAUCGAUGCCAUAAGCAUGGACCAGAGAUCCGGUUCCCCUUUCGGCUUCCAAGCCUCCCUCCAUCCUGUGGCGCACCUGGGAUGCAAUUAUCAUGUUCUGGGCAUGACACCAUCCUUGAUCAUCCAGUUCUUGGCUCCUGUAGUGAAUCCUGUCUCAGUACUUGUAGGAUGCUCAAGAGAAGCAACAAACCAAGAUGGUAUUGUUGGCCCAAGCUCUUGCCGAAGCCUCAUUAACAAUGCAAGCCAGCUCUGGUACCUGGUGGAUCCUUAUACAGAUAUGUCUACUCUUCCCAUGGGCUGCGAGGUUGUUGCAAAGGGAAUCCCAGUACCCUCUGUCAGUAACGAGUAGGAAGCGCAUCCGGAAAGCGGUAGCGACCCUCACCGGAGCGGAGGACGGCGGCGAGAAGAGGAAUACCCGUUCCAGCAUUCUGAGGCGGUGCGCACAUCGGCACAUGAGGGAAUUCGUGAGACUUCCUUUCUGGCAUUGGGAUUGGCGACUUCCUUCGUGGUGGCUACGAGGUACUAGUGAAAUCCGUAGCCGUAGCGCAGUUUAGCGGGCGGCGCACACAAAAAAAAAAGUGCGACGAACAGUGGCGUUGUCGGC